UCUCCGGCAACUUUAGAAAUUAGAAUUAGGGUUGAUGAAAUAGGAUCUGGUGGUGUACUCUGAUUUGUUGUAAUAGGAAAGCAAAACACAUCAGAGCUUCUCUCCUUCGAUGGACUCUCUACUAGCCAACUACGCCUCUUCCGACGAAGAACAAGACGAUCAGCCACACCCACACCCACACCCACCUCCAAAACACACAGCUUUGCCCGACCCAUCCUCCAUCUCCAACACCUCAUCCUCUUCCUCUUUGCUUUUCUCUUCCCUCCCCAAACCCGUAUCUUCUUCUUCGCCCAUUAUCCAAACCCCUAAAGAAGAUUCGAAAACCGUCCUCAAAUCCGGCGGGACUGUUUCAAAGACGUCGUCUCUCUUCUCCGCUCUUCCUCAGCCCAAACCCACGUCCAAUCUUUCUUCUUCGCAGCCUAAUGCCAAAAGGGUCGUCCAAUUCAGGCCUCCAAUCAAUCCCUUGGUAAAAUCGAGAGGAAUCGAUGAAGAAGAUGACGACGAGGAAGAGCAGGAGAAGAAGGAGAAGGAAAGAAGGCGAAGAAGAGAGCCCGAAUCUUCGUCCGAAACCUCUUGGGGGAGGUCUUUACUGUCGAGUAUGCCGGCCGCUAGGAACUCCGUUACCUUGGGCGCCCUUCCAUCCUCUGGUUCGGGCCGAAGAGCCAUUGUCGAAACCGAGGUCUCUGCGUCGAAUUCAGGUGCUUCUAGAACUGAGAAGGAAUCGACGGUCGAUACAAGUUCUGUGAAUCAUGAUAAUUCAGGGAAUUACCAAUUGGGUGUUGAUCAAAAUAGUGGGAAUUAUGCGCAACACUAUGGCGAUGAAAAUUAUGGACCGGGUACUGACCAAAAUGCAGGUAAUUAUGGUUACUAUGAGAAUUGCAAUUCGGGUUUUGAUCAAAAUGCAGUCGUUCACCAAAAGGUAUCUGAAUUUGGUGGUGGAGAUCGUUCAAGUUACGGUAACCAUGAUGGUUAUGGGAGCUAUGGUGAUUAUACCCAAUAUCCAAACAAUUGGGUUGAUAAAUCGACGGCUGCAGUACCGGAGAUUCCAGACGUGAAUCUAAGUUGUUUUAGAAGCGGAAAGAGAGGAAGGAAUGAGAUUCCUACAGAUAUAGUUGAGGUGAAGCAAGACGAUUUGAUCAAGGACAGGCCGAGGGAGGACCAGGUCAAGUUAACUGGAAUAGCUUUUGGGCCUUCUUACCAGCCGGUUUCAACCAAGGGGAAGCCUACGAAGAUGCAUAAGAGGAAGCAUCAGAUUGGUUCAUUAUAUUUUGAUAUGAAGCAGAAAGAGAUGGAACUAUCAGAGAGGCGUGCUAAAGGAUUCCUCACAAAAGCUGAAACACAAGCCAAGUAUGGUUGGUGACUCACUUAUGUUAAUGUUCAAAUGUUGUAUUUGAUAUGAAAGAAAUAAUCUUCAUAGUAGGGGUGUGCAUGGUGUGGUUUGGGCGGUUUGAAUACUUUUUAAUACACCACGCCACAAGUGCGGUGUAGUAGCUAGAACACACCGUGCAGUGUGAUUUCGUUGCACCAAACCGACCAAACCAAACCAUUUUUUGCGGUGUGGUUUGGGUGGUUUUCCACGGUGUAAGUGUGUUAAAAAAAUGUGUGAGAUAGAGAGGUGAUAGGGAGGAGGCGCAAAUGAGAUGAGAGAGGAAGGAGUUAUUAUUGUGUAUGAUGUGUUAGAGAAUAAUGUUAUACCCUAAUUUAAGUGGACUCCUAAUUUAAGUAGGCUCUUAGUUUUAGAUUGGGUUACUAAAAUAUAGUAUAUAUGUAAAGUUUAAUUUUUUUUAACAUAUUUAUAAGUAUAUGAUGUGGUGUGGUGCAAACCAAAAUUUCACACCGCCAAACCGCGCAUCGCACCGCACCACGCGGUUUAGCUAAGAUACAAACCAUACCGAAUCAUUCCACUUUUGACACCGCGGUUUGCGGUGUAGUGUGGUGCGGUGCGAUCGGUCGCCGCGGUUUGCAGGUUUAGAUUCUCACUCUUACUUCAUAGUAUUAUUAGUUUUCUUUUUUCAAUGCUGACUUUCGGAGACCCUUCCAUCUGAUCCUUUUUUGUUGUUGGUAAGUUAGAAAUGCUGGCUUAAGUUGAG